AUGCUGUUUGUUUUAAAUCUAGGAUUAUUUAUUGAUAAAGUUUUUGAGAAUGUUAUGAUCUUUCAUAACAAAUAUUUAAUUUAUUGUUUUAAAACUUUUAUAAAAAGUUUUUUAAAAAGAAAGGGUUAUUAA